UAACAAUAACAGUACGAUACCUCAUGUUUUUAUUCCAACGAAUGGAUCAAAAUUGAACAUGGAUUUUUCGGAGACGCGGCGACGUUUGUCUCUCUUCGUUUCAACUAUGAGUUUGUAAUGAUUUGUUAAUCUUGUUGAAGCGAGACUACAUCCAUGGCUUCGGAGAAGAUCUGCUCGAUUCUCUUAUUUUCUGCAGUUAUAUUGCUUCUCUGUGAUGCCCCUUCUGUCUUAGCUGGGGACAUAGUUCAUGACGACGAUUCUACACCCAAGAAGCCGGGUUGCGCGAACCUGUUCGUUCUGGUAAAAGUGCAAACCUGGGUCAACGGUGUAGAGGAUGCUGAAUUUGUUGGUGUGGGUGCCAGAUUUGGCAGAGCCAUUGUGUCAAAAGAGAAAAAUGCAAGACAUACACGCCUUAUUCUUUCAGAUCCUCGUGAUUGUUGCAGCCCACCAAAGAAUAAGAUUGUGGGAGAUGUCAUCAUGGUGGAUCGAGGCAACUGUACAUUCACAAGAAAGGCAAAUACUGCACAAAAUGCUAAUGCUUCAGCCAUCCUCAUUAUAAAUAACCAAAAAGAACUUUACAAGAUGGUUUGCGAUCCUGAUGAAACUGAUUUGAACAUACAUAUACCUGCAGUCAUGCUUCCACUGGAUGCAGGUGCAAGACUAGAAAAAAUGCUGACAAAUACUUCAUCUGUGUCUGUGCAGCUAUACUCACCACGUAGACCACCUGUUGACGUAGCAGAAGUAUUUCUUUGGGUGAUGGCAGUUCUUACCAUAUUGUGUGCAUCAUAUUGGUCAGCUUGGACAGCCCGAGAAGCAGCUAUUGAACAGGAUAAGCUCCUAAAGGAUGCUUCAGAUGAAAUCCCUAACACUAAAUAUGCUAGUGUUAGUGGAGUUGUAAAUAUGAACGUGAAAGCUGCAGUCCUUUUUGUUGUAUUUGCUUCAUGUUUCCUGUUUAUGCUUUACAAACUGAUGUCAUCGUGGUUCAUUGAUGUUCUGGUUGUUCUCUUCUGCAUUGGUGGGAUUGAGGGCUUGCAAACUUGCUUGGUUGCUCUUUUGUCCAGGUGGUUCAAGCAUGCUGGAGAGGCAUACAUCAAAGUACCUUUCUUGGGAUCUAUCUCAUACCUGACUUUGGCUGUUUCUCCAUUCUGUACAACAUUUGCUGUUCUUUGGGCAGUUUAUCGUAACAAUUCCUUUGCCUGGAUUUGUCAAGAUAUACUCGGAAUUGCACUGAUUAUAACAGUUCUACAGAUUGUACAUGUACCAAAUCUGAAGGUCGGUACUGUUCUUCUCGGCUGUGCUUUCAUCUACGACAUCUUUUGGGUGUUUAUCUCAAAGAAGUUCUUCAAGGAAAGUGUCAUGAUUGUGGUAGCCCGAGGUGAUCGAAGUGGAGAAGAUGGAAUUCCAAUGUUACUAAAGUUCCCACGUAUUUUUGAUCCCUGGGGUGGCUACAGCAUCAUAGGUUUUGGAGACAUCCUUUUACCUGGGAUGCUGGUGGCAUUCUCACUCAGGUACGAUUGGCUGGCAAACAAGAGCCUUAGGGGUGGAUAUUUCUUGUGGGCAAUGUUUGCAUAUGGCUUUGGUCUUUUAGUUACGUAUGUGGCACUAAACUUGAUGGACGGACAUGGCCAACCAGCACUACUAUACAUCGUUCCAUUUACCCUUGGAACCUUGAUGACAUUGGGGCGGAAGCGAGGAGAUUUGAGGGGUUUGUGGACAAAUGGAGAAUUUCAAAAACCCUGUCCACAUUUAAGACUCCAAAACAGUGGAGAAUUAAGCCCUGAAUGAAGUUGUAACAAUUUUUGUACCUUAAUUAGCACCAAUCCCCUUUAAACAAACAGGGGACUCAUAUUUAUAGAAAUAGUCUACAUUUAGUGUAGAGUUUGUUCCAAUAGUGCUGCGUUGGAAUCGCUAAUUGUUCACGACCAAGCUAAUGGGUUGUACUUCUUCCAUUCCAAUUCAAAAUCUUGAUAAUUAAUGUUUUUAUUA